AUGAAUAUAUCGAAUAUGUCGGAGCAAUCUGAGCAAGGAAGUUUAAAUAAUAGUAACAUUAGUAUUUCAGAGAAUAAAAAUAAUUUAUUUAUAAUAAAUGAUAAUGGGAGUUUUAUUGACGAUAAUAAUAUUCUAGAAGAUGAUUGUAUUACUCCAAAAGAUGAUGAUGAAAAUAUUAAUUCAAAAAAAAAAAAAAAAAAUGAUAUAAUAAAUAUAAAUGAAAAUAAAAACACAAGAAUUGGAAGAAGUAUUCCACAUUAUGAUUCAAAUGCUACAACCAGAAAUGUAAUAACAAAUAUAAUUUCAAAUAGACAAAAUUUUAAUGAACUUAACAAUGGUAUAACUAAUUCUUUGAAACUUUCGAAUAAUAACAAUAAUAAUAUGAACGUUAGUUCGAAUUAUAAUAAUAUUGAAAAUAAUAUAUGUACCUCAAAUAAUAUCAAUCCUAACAUAAAUGAUAAUAAUAUAGAAGGCUUACAAAAUAUUAUAAGAAUUGAAAAUCAAUCAUCACAUAUUAAAACUAUUUCUUCAAAUAUUUCACAAACAAAUCCAUGUAAUAUAAAUAUUAUGUCGGGGCAAAUAAAUAGUUUCGUAAUGUGUAAUAUGAAUUUAGCACUUACCCCAAUUCAAGAAAUUAAUGAAUAUAAUAUAAUUAGAGAAAAUAAUUCCCCAGACUUUAAUAUUUCAGAUAAUAUCCAACAACAUAUUCCAACAAAUAAUUGUGAUUUUAAUAAAUUCAGUCAAACUCAAAAUCACUAUGUUGGAAAUACAAAUCAAAAUGAACAACAAAAUGAACAAAAUAAUAGCACAAAUCAAAACACCCCCAAUAGUAGUGAAACUGGAAAUGAAAAUAAUAGCAGAAAUAGAGACACUCAUAAUAAUAAUAAUAACAGAAAUAAUAGAAGUAGCAAUGGUAAUAGCAACAAUGAUGAAAAUGAUGAUAAUGAUAAUGGGCAUAAUAGUGAAAAUGGGAAUAAUAAUGAAAAUGGGCAUAAUAAUGAAAACGAUUUUAGCGAAGAAAUCGAAAAUGAAGAAGAAAUCAAAGAAAAUCCAUCUAAUGUGUUAGUUAAUAAUAAUAAUAACACAUCCGGAAUUAAUAUUGUUGAUAAUUUAACACAACAUUUACAAAAAGAAUUAACAUGCCCUAUAUGUUUAGAUUAUUUUUAUUUACCCGUAACUAUGAAUUGCGGCCAUACAUUUUGUAGAUAUUGUAUAGGGCACAAUAAAUUAAAUGGAAAAAAUUGUCCAUUAUGUCGACAACCUUUAGGGCAUUCCUCAUGUAUAAAUACAAUAUUAUCUAAUUUAGUUCGUAUAUAUAAUUUAAGAAGAAAAUCUUUAAAAAUAUAUAAAUCGAUUGAAAUAGUAAACACAGUAGAUGAUAUUUGGUGGAACGAAAAUUUUAUAAAAUCGCAAGUAAGUGUCUCUUUAUUUUUAAGAAUAUUUUUACAUGAUAUGAUAUCACCUCCAAUUUUUUUUGAUGAUUUAUCAUCAUGUAUAAUAGAUUUUUUUACUGUUAAUAAUUUAUGGUCAAAAGCCAAAUAUGUAUUUAAUAUAAAUGACUGUAAAGCUUUUAGUGAACUAGUUGGAUAUGAUAAAGACAAUAAAGAAUUAACAAAUGAGAGGCUUCAUGCUUGGGUUGAAAGAUAUAUAACACAAAAUCCAUCAAUGUGCAUGAGGAAAGAUGAAAAAAUUAUUUUAAAAUUAUAUCAAGACAGAACCCAUAGAAUAGAUAGUCAUAUAUUUGAUUCAUCAGUUUUACCAAAUAGGCUUCCUUGGGAUGGUGGUAGACAUGCAAAAAGUUUAAUUCAUAUGCCUCAUUCUUCUGUUUCUUUAUCACAUCUAUUAUUUGUUAAAGUAGAUAAUAAUAAUAUCGGAGUUGUAGAUUGUGGAUCAACUAUUGGGACAAUGAUUAAAGUUAAUAAUUAUCAUGUAUUAAAAGAAGGAGAUAUAAUACAUAUUGGUGACAGAUUAGAAGUAACCGUUUCUAUAGAUAAGAAUACUGCGGGUAUGCCAUAUAAAGGAUAUGUUUGGAAUAAAAAUUCAAAUAAAGUUUUAGAUAGACAUGAACUUAAUGAAUUAAUUAAAUCUGAAUCAUCUACACCUACAGAUACAGGAGCUAUAUCUACUGAUCCUAUUACUGGAAAAAUCAUAGAUUCAAAUAAUAUUAAUGAAAUAAAUUUAAAUAAUAAUUCUGAUAUUAACAUUUUAGAAGAUAAUAAUACAUUACUUAAUUAUUGUGAAAAUAUUGAAUCAAACUUAUUAAUUAAAUUUGAUUUUGGAACAGUAAAAGAAGAAAUUACAUUAAAAACAGAAUACAUAGAUCCUAAAGGAGUUGUAUUAGGUCGUGGACCAUAUGCACAAUCUAGUUAUAAAAAAAUAUCUGUUACAAAUUCGAAUGGAUAUGUAUCCCGAGAGCAUUGUUUAAUUUAUUAUGAUGGAUCUAAACCAUCUGGUGAACGAUGGCUUUUAAGAGAUACAAGUACAUUAGGAACAUUUUUAAAAAUCAAACCUUUUUCAGAACCCGUACCAUUGCCAAUAGGUUCUAUAUUUAAAGCAGGUCAAUGUAAAAUAGAAGUAUGCUCUCAUGAUACUUUACAAUUUGCACAAUAUCCUGAACGAUCUAUAUCAUUACAUAAUACAAAUAAUCCAUCAAACACAGAUAACUUUAACAAUAAUAAUUAUGGUGAUAAUAGAAAUAUUGAUAAUGAUUCGAAUCAUGGUAGAAACAAUAGUUCUGGAAAUAGUGGAAAUAAUAGUAAUGGAGCAAAUUCACGUAAUUAUAGAAACAAUCAAAAUCAAUAUUAUAAUCAAAUGGGUUCAGAUUUAAACAUACCUUUAAAUAAUAAUUUAAUAAAUUCUGAAACUAGUGCAAAUAGUGAAACAAGCACACAUAGUAAUGGUGAAAAUAAUCUUAAUAAUCAAAGAGGAUGUUAUAAUUUCAAUUUUCAUAUUGGACAAAAUACUAAUGAUAUAUCUGAACCUUUAAAUGAUAAUGCUUAUUAUAGUAGUAAUACUAAUCAAUAUAAUUUCAAUAGUGAAGUUAUUCAAAGUUUUGUUCAAAGUAAUGGCCAACUUGCAAAUCAUGAAAAUAACAUUAUUUCAAGAAACAUUAUUAAUCCUAAUUCAGAAGCUCAACAUACUAAUAGAGAUACAUAUUUUUAUAAUUAUUUAAGACAUGAAAGAAAUAUUCAAAAUAUUACAAAUCUAAAUGAUAUUAAUUGUAUUAACCCAGUGAAUAAUACAAAUCCAUAUUGGGCACGUUAUAACCGUGGAGAUGUUAGAAAUUGUAUUCCAUAUACUAUGAAUCAAUGUGAAUAUCGAGAAAAUGUUAACAAUUAUUAUGCACAUGUUAAUCAAAUAAAAGAUGAAAAUGUUGAAGAAGAAUUAUAUUAUGAAUCCGAAAUUAGUAGACAAAAUCUAAGUAUUCCUAAUUUUUCUCAAAAUCAAAGUGGUGGGGGUGAUAACUGGGAUUAUAGGUAUCAAUACAUGCAUUUUUAA